AUGUCCUCCAAUACAGACAACCAGAUGACGAGGUUUCUCUUCGCCAUCUUGAAACAGAAGAACCUCAAGGAUAUUGAUUGGAAUGCCGUCGCUCAUGAUCCGAUACUAUCACAACCCAUCACCAACGGCCAUGCUGCUCGCAUGAGAUACUCCCGUUUCCGCUCGGCGAUGCUGGGUCUCGAGCCUCAAAAACGUAACAGAGCCACCGCAAACAAGAACAGGGUCACGAAGAACAAAAAGGAGCAAAAGCCACCGAAAAAGGAAGAGCAAGACGACGAGAAGAGGGUGAAGCCGGAACCAGGGACUCUUGAGGCUCUCCAGCAAGCCGAGGCUCGUGCCAGGUCUCAUGUCAAGGUGAAGCACGAGCAUAGCCAGCCUCCCUACCGACAGCAGUUUACACCAACAUCUAUGGCGUCUCCCACCGCCACGGAAUGCCAGCAGACCUUCCAGCCCAGGAUGCUCACCCCGUGUAGCGACGACAUGUUCUCGGCACCUCACAACCUGCAGUUCAGCCCGUCAGCGAGUCUCAUGGGCGCUCACCCGACCUUUGAUCUCCCAUCGGCCAUGGCCUGUGCACACGAGCCAGAACAGCAGCACCACCACGAGCACGACCACAACUCCUGGGCACCGAGUCCAAUCUACUCAGCCUUUGACGCCGCCUACGAUAUCGACGGCUUCGGCGUCGGCUCCUUGUGCGAUCACCAGGCCGGUCAGGCACAUACCGACGACAUGCAUGGAUCUCCCGCGCUGGGGUCUCUCAUGCCUGAGCACAUGAACAUCAAGAACGAGCACUGGGACACCCAUUUCCACCCAUAA